AUGAGUCUGAUUCAACAGAUAAAAGAUACAUUGUUAUCCUUAUCUACCGAUUCCAAAAGAAAGCACGGUCAUAUACGAAAAGCAUCCCAAAGAUCACUCCAAAUUUUGAAAUCAUUUCCAAUUCAUUCCGUGUCGGAUAAUAAGAAACAACUUGAUUCAUUAAAGGAUUAUCCAGAUUUCAUUGAUCCGUUUCUAUUAUGUUUCCAUACCAAAGAAACGAAGCUUGUGUCCUUUGCUCUCACUGCGUUAAAUAAGCUAGUUGUAUCAAAGGCAAUUAGUUUUACCAAGAUUGAUGAGAUAAUUGCUGUAUUACAAGAUCUGACAUACAUGUCAACUGAGGUACAGCUCAAGAUCUUACAGAUAUUGCCGACGCUUUUCGAGAACUAUUCCAUGGAUAUUAACGAUGAAUCUCUAUCGAAUAUUCUUUAUGUUUGUACUCUGCUACAAAAUUCAACGAAGUCGCCUGUAGUCGUGAAUACAGCCAAGGCUACGUUUUCCCAGAUGAUUGGUACUGUUUUCGAAAAGGUGAAACAGGAAAAGGAAUUGCUAGUUAGCAAAAAAAUUACAGGCCCGGCUCGGUAUACUUUGCCAAUCGAUAAUGACAAGACUGUGAAGGUGCACCUCUGUGCAUAUGACGCUCAACGUGUUUUCAAUGAUCUUUGCACCUUAAUUGAACAUCAUAAGCCUGUAUUUUUGAAGACGAAUUACAUGACGGAAGAUGAUGGUUUUGAGAUUUUGGAGAGUACCAUCAAAAAUAACGAAGCUGUCUUUAAAGAUCACGUAGAGCUUGCUUAUCUUCUUCGCAUUCGUGUUGCGCCUAUUCUUUUAAGAUUUAUCUCAUCCUGCGAUGACUUCACCUUAAUGGUUAGAGUCUUCAGACUAGUUUUUCUUAUGAUCUCUGAUUUACUCGAAAUAACUACUAAUGAGGCAGAGGUUACGUUGUCUCUUAUGACACAUUUGAUUUCAUCGAGUUCUAAAACUCCAAAAUGGAAACGUAUUUUUUGUUUAGAAAUUUAUGCCUCUAUUUUUAAAGAUUUCAAAGCUACAAAGACGCUUUUUAGGGAAUUUGAUGAUAAUCAAGAGGUCGAAAAACGUCAAGUUGUUCAUGACUUUUUAACCGUGUGUGUUGAAAUUAUUGGGUCACAACACAAAAUGUUGAAUUCUGGUGAUAUCGUACAACCCCCAAAUGGUGAUGGCAAUAAUAGAAGGAGUAGUAGUGGAUCGAGCUCUACUCUUUCACUCAAUGGGCAAGGUGGACCAAAAGAUCCUCAUUCUACUUCUACACCAUUGAUUUUUUCUGUUUAUCCAUCUGAAGUAAAGCAAAGGUAUAUGGAUUCUAUAGAUAAGAUGGAACCGCCAGCAAUGCCAGAUUACUACAUGUUAAGUUUGAUAGCACAAUGUGUCACGAAUUCAUCGGAGGGCAUAUUUAAUUAUUCUUUAAACCUAGCGCGUGAUUUUCAGAAAGGAACGUCCAAAGUUAAAGGGCAAGGUGUGACAUUUCUCGAUGAAUCUUUAAUGAAGAAAUAUGGUGGUGCCACUGAACUAAUUGAAUACAGGAUUUUGCACAAUUUCACGCUGAGGAGUUGGGAGUCUCUAUACAGUAUUUUAAAGGUUUUAAUCGUUUCUUCACUGGAUAACAAAGGUUUUUCAUUGAUAAUACAAUCUCUUCAACGGUUAUGCCAUGCCUCCGGUAUUUUAUCCGUGAGAAAAGCACAAACUACUAUCAUAAAUUAUUUUGCCUAUGCUACAGUCAAUUUAACUGGCCAACUUGGUUAUCAUAAUAAGAUUCAAUCUUUUGGGGAAAGUAUUGCUGGCACAAUUAGUUCAGCCAUUGGACAAGCUGUAUCUAACAUGUCCCAUAAUGCAAGAAGUUCAUCAGAAACUGGCACAAAUAUAUCAACUGAUACAUCAACAAAUUCGAGGGUGAAAUGGUAUCCGAGAACAAUUAAUUCUAGACAAAUAAUUUGCUUUCGGGCCUUAGUUGAUUUGGGCAUAUCAUUAGCUGAGCUUUUUGAUGAUAGUUGGAGAACUUUGAUGAUUGUCUUUCAGUGGAUCAGUUAUUAUAUUGACGGUCCCACUGGGUUCAGUACCAAGGAGAUACCACCUAUAUCUCCUUUGCUUGAUAAUCAUGACAUAUCAGUGAUUUCUGAAACUUUGAAGAAAUUUUCAAAUGGUAUAGGAAAGCAGGACUAUUUGGUAUUCAGGAAGAUAUGUAAUUCCUUGUUUCAGUUAUCUGAUGAAAUUUUUAAACAGCCUGUGUUCGGUAGCAUGGUGUUUUCUCCUGUGAAGGAGGAAGGCUAUGAAAUUUAUCCCUGCAUCUAUUGUCGGUCAUUCUUUGUUGCAGAGAUAUCAAAUCUAUGCCUUAUUAAUCCGCUCAAAUUUCUCAUUAAUGAAAAUGGUAUAUGGGACGAUAUUGUGAGCUUUUUUUCCAACAUUUGCACUGACCGUGAACUAGAAGAAAGUAUGAGACUCUUAUUUGCACGAAGCUUUGGCGAAAUCAUUCAGGCUGUUGCUAAUGUUGGAUUUGACGAUAAUGUGGCCGGUGAUGAUGAUGAGAGGACUUCUCUUUAUUCUCUUACAGAACGUGGCGUUUUGAAAGCUUUGCUUAUUCAUACACAAAAGCUGUUGGAUCUUAAGCCAGCCACUGAAGUCUUAACGAUGAAUGUUGAACUUCGAAUCGUACUAUCGAACCUCAAUAUUCUUAAAGAUAUUAUUGACCGCUUUGGAAAUAAAAUAUCCGAGGAGUGGGAUGCAGUGUUUUCUUUGUUGGAUGUUCCAUUUAAAAUAUCAGGGGAUACAAGUUAUUCAUUUCAGGAGUCUAGUACAAAGGAGAUGCUUGUUUCUUUGAUGAAAUCCUCGUUUGAAUCAUUAAAGGUUACGUUAGAUGAAUUGCUUCAAACAGUUCCGUUGUCACAAAUAAGAAUUGUGAUUGAUAUUCUUUUCAAGUUUGUGACUCAACGAUAUGACCUUAAUGCCUCCUUCAAUGCUGCCAGCUAUUUCUGGAUUAUUAGUGACUACUUAAAGGAUUCGUUAAAUACAUAUAAUGAAACGAGCAUAGGUUCUACCCAAACGGAGAUAAAUUCAGAGCAGCAAUUGGUAAGCAUAGUGAAAGCUGGUAUAGAACGGGAUAAUAAUAAAAAAGCCUACAUUGAAUCUCUCUGGCUUUAUUUAUUAUUAAAACUUGCUGAAACAACGAAUGAUAAGCGAGCCCAAGUGAGGAAUGGAUCAAUAAUAACAUUUUUUAACGUAUUAGAUUCGUACUCUGAAAUUCAUCCAUCAUACAACUCAAUAUAUGCAAUCAUAUUGGAACCAAUUCUUCUUCAAAUACUUCCAGAUAAUAAAAUUAAUGAAUGUCCAAAAACUGUGCAAGAGGAAUGGAUAGCAACUUUGAGCAGUGUCUCGAGCAGUUUGACAAAGUUUUAUUGUCAGAGAUUGGGAAAUUUCAAUGCGGAUAAAAAAUCAUCAAACGAAUUACAACAUUAUUGGCAUGGCUAUUCAGUAUAUAUGACGAAAUUGCUGAAUAUAAACAAUGAUUGGAUGUCACUUAAUACCAAAAUUUUUGAAAACCUUUUAAAGGUGUUUAAUACAUUUUCAGUUGAAGGGACUAAUGUGCCAUCCAAUACUGUUGAAGAUUUUUAUUCUCUUUGGACCGAAUAUAAAAUUGUUUACAAACUUUCAGAUGAUAGUUCAUAUGAAGAACUGUUGUGCGCCUUUGUUUCAUGCUUUAUUCCUCUUUUUAAUAUGGUUGGUUACUCUUUGAGCAUAUCUAAAUUAGAGAGCUUGCUAAUGCAGUUGAAUUCCUGUGUGAGAUUUCCUGUACUUAUUGCUAAUAAAAGGGAUGACAAACGGAUGACAAAAUUACAACGGAAAGUUUUAGAUUCUUUAUCGAACAUGUCUUUUGAAGAACCUCAAUAUCAAUCUUUGCUGAUCAGAGAUUUGUGCUCCAUUAUCGCUUUACCAUUUACCACAAGGGAUCUAAUUCAGAAAAAGCUUGGAUCCAAAGGUUUACGGAUCCCAACUUUUAGAAUGGUGAGCUAUAAUUGUCUGAAGGUUUUGGAAAAAUGCCUAUCUACGAUUACUCGACUUGUUCCAUUUUUGGUGGAUCACAGUAUUUUGCAGUUGUACGACUCUCUCUUAGAGCCUUGCAAGCUUAAGUACAGGUCGGAUGCACAACUUUGUACAGGUGAAUAUUUAUGGAAGGGGGCAUCAUCCAUUUUGUGUGAUCUUUCUUGCAGGAUAUGUGAAUCAUUGAUUUCAGACGCUCAAAGUUUUGAUGAUCAAAAACUGAGGAAGCAAGAUUUUUAUGCAUUAUGGAGCAGAAUCUUGAAAUUCUUUGAAUCUUGCUUUCUCUCCUGCGAGAACCGUAAACUUGUGAAUGAAUUUCAAAGUUUUGAUCUUGAAAUUUCAAGGCGGUUGGAAGAAGCUUUUUCCCGAUUAAUAAGAGAAAGAAAUCCUGCUACGUUCACCGAUGAAAACAGACGCAAGUUCCUUAGUUGUAUAUGGAGAGCCUCCUUUUUAUAUUCCACAGAUGAUGCUAGUCAAGAAGUAUUAAACUUUACCGAUUCUCCAUUAGAAAUUUCAAAGCGUCUUUCUUUGUUUAAGACAUUUAAAUACUGUGGAAAUACUUCGACAUUGACACCUGUCGUUACUGUUGAAACUGCAAAACUAUGCUUACAUGAUCUAAUUGACCUCUCAGCUCCAGGUAGUGGUCCAUUGUGGAAAUUUUCUCUUGAGUACUAUAUCGGCAGAUUUUCAUUUGCACUUGCAAAAUAUAUUUCGGAUUUUUCAUUGUGCGGUAAAAGACCAAUGCCUAGAAUGCAGGGUGCCGAGUUAGAAAUGCUUUUGAUAGGUUACCUAAGAAUAGUUAAUCAUAUGAAGCAGCUAAAUUCAAAUGAUUUCGAUUGGUGCAAAAAAAGCAUGCAUCCAUUAUAUCAGCUCAUAUCGUUGUUGCCAUCUUUGAAUAUUCAUGACAGGAAGCUUGGUGCUCUCGUCACAUCUGUUUUUCAUCAAUUACCAAUUAGAUCUGGAGAGUAG